AAUAUCCUGAUAAAUUAAAAAAGAAAGUAUUUUUUCAAGAAUUGAAACUCUUCCUCCUAAACACAGGGCAAAUUUCCUGAUGUCAAAUUUGACAACCGAGGGCACCAAUGCCAUAUGUAAACAAUCUAGGAUCGAAAAUAACAACACAAGGGCGGGAGAUAUUUGCUGUGAUAAAUGAAAAACUAACGUACGAAAUGGCUUUAAAACUUGUUAAGGACGCACCGACGGUAUGGAACUAUCUAAACGGUCUGGUCAAUCUUUACAAACCUGCUGGAAUAACAGUGCAACAAGUACGAAAUGCGAUUAUCCACAACCUCUGCAGAGAUCUCAACCAACUGGAAGUUAGACCUGCACUGCAGCGUGUAGUAAUCGAUAACACUGUCGAUUCUAAGCUGAUCGUACGAAAAGUCGAGGAUUUGUCGGACAACGUCCUAGUGACAGGACCACGCUAUCAACCGGAUGAUAUCAAAUGCCGAUUCUCUGCCAACCAUGGCCGUUUCACCAGUGGUGUAAUAGUACUCGGCAUUAACAAUGGAACUAAUCUUGCCUUUAAACUGCAACAGAAUCGGCCACUACGAGUGUACCGAGUAACUGGAUUUCUGGGCAAGGCAACGGAAACGCAUUUCGCUGAGUCUCGUGUAAUGGCCCGUGCCACUAUCGAUCACAUCGGUUCAGAAAAGAUUGGUCGCCUGCUGGCAUCGAUACAGGCAUCCCACCAGCGUAAAAUGUUCGAACUCAGCGGUAUCGACAUACAGUCACAGGCCGCCUACGAACUGGCAUGCAGAGGAACGAUACGUCCCGCAGACAAUCGCCAACCUAUGAUCUAUGGAAUACGGCUGGCAGAAUAUCGGAAACCUUUCUUCACUAUAGAAAUUCAUGCAAUCAACGAAACGGAAGCUUACCUCGGUGAACUGAUUCAUGAGAUUGGCAUUAACCUCAAAUCAUGUGCACAUUGCACCGGCGUUCGGUGCAUACGACACGGUCACUUUCUAUUGGAAGACUCGCUGCUUAAAAAGGACUGGAACCUGCAAAACAUCCUCAGCAGUAUGGCACACACGAAUAAGCUCAUAAAUCACCAUCCGGACAUGUUACAACAGAACAGUUCAUCCCUGCAUGGAAUGGAUGUGCCAGAUCAAUAAACAGUUAAGAACAAAGUCUCGUGCUGUAGGCGUAGAACACCCACACACGAACCGCCGCACGAUCAAGCAGAAAGUUGUCCUCACUGAAGGAACGUGUAGAAACCAUAUUACAAGAUUUAUUUAUGGCACAUUGUUGUCUCAUUGAGUGGCCCUCCUGCUCGCUGUCACGUGCAAUAAAUAAAAGACUUCGUUUGACCCUGUUGUACCACGCAGGGUGUGCAU